AUGUUUGGUUUAACUCAUGGGAAACUCCACCGAGUUAUUUUUGUCCCUGUCAGAAACACGGUGGAUCUGUCCCCAGGUACCCCCGAGGUGAACCGGCUCGGGCAUUACACUGUGUCUUCAGAUGGACCAGUGGAUCCGAUAGAGCUCACGCAGAUGUGGCUCAGCAGAGCUCACCUGCUUGGACUUUUGCCCUGCAGGCUGCCCUGCAAGGCCCUGGCAGUGGUGAGGCUGCCUGUGCCACCAGCGGUGAUACACUGGGCACCUCUUGGGAAGAGUCGGGCUUGCCUCUGCCAUCUGAACUAA